AUGCCAUUGCCAUCCUUGGGUUGGCGCAUCCUGCGCCAUGACCGGGCGCCAGCUGCCACACACACCGAAAGGAAGAGGAGUGUGAAGCAGUGUGGACGGUGUCCUGUUGUUGACCAGGAGAAAGGACGUGGACGUGAACGUGGACACACCGUACCGGAGGACCGGACAACCGGAGACCCAAAGGCGAGAUAUGCGAUCAGUAAAUACGUUUCCGUUCCGACGCAGGACGCAGGACUGGUACUGGUACUGGUCCUGGGACAGGACGCGGACUUUAGAUUUAUGGCCGGGAGACAGACAAAGUGUCUGCGGUUCGGUCAGAGCCUUCAAGGCGACGCCGACGACGACGACGAUGACGACGAAUUCUGCGGGCUUUUGCUGAAGGAGCAGCAGGAGGAGGGUCUCCGAAGGAAGGAGCAGCAGGAGGAGGGUCUCCGAAGGAAGGAGCAGCAGGAGGAGGGUCUCCGAAGGAAGGAGCAGCAGGAGGAGGGUCUCCGAAGGAAGGAGCAGCAGGAGGAGGGUCUCCGAAGGAAGGAGCAGCAGUGGGGGGAAUAUCUGAAGGAAGAAACAGCAUAA